AUGAAUUACCGUUAUCAUAAUGAUACGAUUGAAACAUCAUCUGAACUUGGUUUACAAACUCGAAUCUUAAAAGUGAAAUAUCGGAUUUUUCAUAAAACAGCAUUAUCUGGAAAUAAUGGUAUGUUAAAAAAUAUUGACAAGGAUUUACUCAACCAUUUGCUGGAUCGUCUCGUUCAACGAGGUAUUUUGAAAAAAGGAAAUUAUUUGCAAUCGGAAAGAUCGAUUAAAUACGAAUCGUACAUAAAAUAUUUACCAUGUGCUUUAACUGAACAGCAACAGUUAUCAGUCCAAUUGAAAAAGCAUGAUAUCUCUUUCGAAGAAUAUCAACAAUUAUUUCGAGAAAGCGAAAUUUCACCUCCAUCAACUCGAGUAACUUCGUAUGGUAAACUCGAAUUAGAAAAACAAAAUAUGGGUUUUGGCGAUACUCAUGACGUCCAACGGCAACAAUCUUCUGCACCACAAGAUAGUGGAACACAAAAUGGACGCAAUCAAAAUACUAGCAUUUCACACAUCAUCAAUGCACUCGAUUUAUCAUCGAUUAAUGCAUUCGAUUCAUUGUCGAACAAUGGACUUGAUUUGUCAUCAGUCGAUUCUGUCAAUAAACGUCAAACAAACAAUAUGCUACCACCACAUAACAUUUCAAUGAACUCAAGUGCUUAUAAUAAUUACUUCUACCGUCCAGUAUUGCAACAUAAUGCAUCUUCAUCGACAAAUGCUAUGUCCAAUAUGAGAAAUCAAGUGAAUAGUUCAACAACUCUACCAAAUAAUAUGAGGCAAUCAGUCGAUGGUCAAACAGAGCAACAUCACGAAAACGUUUCAUCUCAUGAUGAUUCUACAAUUACUGAUAAUGAAGACUAUAUGCCAAUCGACUAUAGCAAAGCUUCGUCCAAUCAUCAACAACAGAUUAGUGUAUCUGUUGAAAACCAAUCAAUUGCUCUUGACCAUUUGUAUAGUAUAAUAACUACAACUGAUAUUGCUGCACAGUCAACUACAUCAAAUACAAAAGAAGGUCAAGAUAAACCAUUCAAUUCGCGUUCACAAAUUAUAACAUCUAAAGAGAAUUUUGACAAAGAAUUUUCAUCAAGAAUGUCAUCUCAGUUCCACCAACAAAGAUUGGAAACAGAUAAUGAAUUCGAUUUUGACCAGAAUGAUUCAGACGUCGAAAGCUAUAGUUUUUUCAAACCGUCAAUGGUGAACACAUCAACACCUAGGGAAUCAAUCGAUAAGGAUCAUUCCACUUUAAAUGUACAUGUUCCACAGCAACAAUCCAAUGAACUGGAACUACUUUCAAAUCAAAAUUCUUUGUCUUCUAAUCUUAUUCGAGAAAUUGAAUCGUUACAAAGUCCAAACUCAAAUCGUGAAAAAAUUUCCAACGAACAAUUUUUAAAUUUUUCGUCAAUGUCAUCAGCUUCAUUAUCUUCAACAUCUCAAACAAUUACAUUUGAUCCAGUUGCAGCAUUGGCAAAUCCUUCAUCGAUACCAAAGCGUAUUCUAGAUAAAUGUAAACAAUUUCUUUUAUCCAAUUCACCUGUUAUUACACGAACAUGCUGGAAUCGACGGUUUGGUGGCGAUGCCAAUUUGUGCCACCAAGCAACACAAUUAUUAUUAACAGCUGAUUUAUUGAUGGAAGGUCAAUUUAUAGCAUGUUCAACAAAAUCUUCUACUAAUUGGAUAAAAAAAUUACCAAUUGAUCCAACAAAUACAACAACAACCUUGAGUUUCCAACAAAACAAAUUAAAUAUUUUUGGAAUAACAUGGAAUCAAUAUGCUUCAUCUUUUCGACAAGUGGAAGUUGGUAAUAGUUAUUCAUCAGGCUUGAUAUCACUAGCUGCAGCAAUAAUUCUUCGUUCCAAACCAUAUCUUGAUAUUGGAUUCAUCUUGGAUGAAACAAUUAUUCUUGAAAAAAAGGAAAAAAAAACACUUGUAGCCCAUCGACAAGAUCAAACAGAACCAGCAAAUUUAAGUUUAACAUCAGUUCAAGAUAUUCAUCUGGCUUCGUUUUCAGAACAAGAAAAUUCAAAUUCAAUACAUGGAGAUUCAAUAGCAUCCAUUGUUACACAAUCUUUACCAAUUAAUGAUACAUCUAGUAUUUUAAUUCAAUCAACAUUAUUUAGUUCAGCACCUAUUGAAAUACCAUUUAAUAAUCCAAUAUCAAAUGCACCAUCAACGCCUAAACGAACAAGACGUGAAUUAAGUCCUAUGAGAACCAGAUCGAAAAGUCGACGUCUCGAUAAAUAA